AUGGCCAGCAUCGCCUUCCCCGAACUCGCGAAGAGUCACACAGUCUCAACAUCUCACACUUACGGCUAUGCCUACCAUGUCCCAACCAAAAGCUCACUCCCUACAAUCCUUUUUCUUCACGGCUUCCCGUCAUCAUGCUACGACUGGCGCCAUCAGAUCCAAUUCUUUAUCCAGGAAGGAUACGGCAUUCUGGCACCGGAUCUUUUAGGGUACGGCGACACGUCCAAGCCUACAGCACUCGAAGCCUACAAAAGCAAGACAAUGGCCGCUGAAAUCAUCGAACUCUUAGACCAUGAAGACAUCGAUAAGGUUCACGCAGUAGGCCAUGAUACCGGAUGCAUCCUCCUUUCCAGACUGGCGAACUACUUCCCAGCCCGCCUAUUGUCUUGCACAUUUCUUGACGUGCCGUACUCGAAGCCAGGAGAGAAUUUCGACCUGUCAGCCGUGAAUGCCCUAACAAAACAGUUUCUGGGCUUCGAGCGGUUUGGAUAUUUGGAGUUCUUUACUAGGGAUGAUGCCGGUGGGAUUCUUGAUCAGCACUCUGAGUCAUUCUUCACCCUCUUCUAUCCGGCAGACCCAAGUCUGUGGGUAGAGCACGUCGGCCCGACAGGCGCCAUGGAGAAAUGGCUUCUUCAAGACCGCAAGGGCCCUGAAGCUGGAUAUGUCACUGAAGUUGAACGUCAAACCCACCAGGCCAUCAUGCGAAAGAGCCAUGCCUCAGCACUCAGAUGGUAUCAGGCCCUGGUAGGAAAUAUCAAUGAGCAAGAUGAGAUCCAAGCAAACCUCGACCCGGUCCUCUCAAUGCCCAUGCUUAUAGUCUGUCCGCAGCAAACCAAGCUCGAGUUACCGGGAGUGGAAGAACAGAUGAAGCAAGUCGCGAAUGACCUGACGUUUCGGAGAGUAAGUACAGCAGGGCAUUGGGUACAAUUGGAGGCACGAGAUGAGAUUAAUUCCAUCCUGAAGGAGUUCUUCGAGAGGUAG